CUGAAGAAAAAUUUCCGAAUAAUUCUUGUUUUCGUAAAAAGCUAACAUCAAUAUAUCAAAAAAUGGGCUAUGAAUUAGCAUUUUUUGAAAAUUCAUACCAACACUAUAAAGCUAUUUGUUUUUUAGGGAAUAAUGGGAUUGGUAUACAACAUCACCUGCAUGUUGGUGAUGUUGUCACUUUAGUAUCUGAAGCUUUGAAAAACUCAGAGAAUCUAUCCUAUAAGCGAAGUUGA